CGCCGGGCGCACGCGAGCGACGCGCGCGGUUCGCGGUCGAUCGAUUCGAACGUCGCUCGAUCGAUCGACGCGCGCGCGAGACGCCGACCCGCGACGCCGACCCGACCCGCGACGUCGUUGUUAACGUCGCCGCGAUCGAUCGGCGUCGCGCGACGCGGGCGAUGAUGGCGACGCCGCGCGAGCUCGACGCGCCGAGCGCGGGCUCGCCCGCGCGCGACGACGGCGCGAAAGAUUUUCGUCGAACCGAAUCCGUCGACGGCGAGGCCAUCGCGCGCGAGCGCGCGCACUCGUUCAGCACGCAGUGCUCGUCGCAGACGACGAUCGCGGACUUGGGCCAGGGGCGCGACGACGACGACGACCGCGUCGAGGACGAACGCGUCGCGUUCGACGUCGCGCGCGAUCGCGACGCGCGCGCGAUCGACGAACGGGCGGAGAGAGAAACGCGCGAUGCGAUGGUAGCGCUCGCGCGCGCGCGCGCGGACGCGAUCGGGCCGGACGGCGCGGAUUUAUGCGCCGACGUCGCGCGCGAGCUCCUGCGGCGCGAGCGCGCGGAUCACGGGGCGUUCGUGUUGGACGGCGCGACGGCGCAUCACGCGGCGUACCGGGCGCAGUUGGUGGAGUGGAUUUUGGACGUGUGCGCGGGGGAGCGGUACGGGCCGACGACGGCGGACGUCGCGAUCGGAUACAUGGAUCGAGUGUUGUCGAAAACCGUGGUGCCGAAGACGUCUUUACAUCUCGUCGCGCUGUGCUGCUUGCAGAUUGCGGUGAAAUACGAAGAGAUUGAGGAACGUGUGCCGACGAUGGCGAAACUUCGCGCGUGGACGUCGAACAUGUACUCGCCGGAUAUCAUUCAAAAGAUGGAGUUGGCGGUGUUGAUCGAGCUCAAAUGGGAGCUCGGCAUUCUGACGCCGGCGCACUUUUUGGAAUCUUUCUUGACCAUGAUGAACGGUGGGACGACGAGCGAGGACGAAGUGGACGUCGGUGUGUGGACGCCGCAGUAUCAAGAGGAGUUGAGACAUUUGGUGUGUCAAAUGUACUCGUUGUGCGUGCAAGACGUGAGCUUGGCCAACGAGCUGCCGUCGCGCGUCGCCGCCGCCGUCAUCGCAGCGUCGAGGUUGAACUUGGGCAUCAAGCCCUUGUGUCCACCGACGCUCCGAGUUGCGGCGAACGUGACACCGCAGCAAAUCUAUCCUCUCGUGACGCACAUGCACAGAAUGUGGGAAGAAGCGUACGAAGACGACGAGACGACGAUGAUGGAAGCCGACGUCAAGGCCCACGCGGAUUUCAACUCGCUCGCCAUCGCCAUUCCGCAACAAGAAGGUGUGGUGUAUGCCGAUAAACCCGGGUUCGAGCAGCGCAUCACUGAAAACGCAUCGCCGACGUGUCCGUUGGAUAUGCAGUGGGACGAAUGAGCCGACGCGUUUCAGAGUCGAGAAAUGGAGAGAGAAAGGGGUGAGAUUCUGUGAGAAUCGAGAGACCGAAUCGAGAGACCGAAUCGGUUAGUAAGUAUGGACGGGAUUAUCGCGGUAACUAUUAUCCUACCGCGGUACGCCCAUCGUACCCCAAGGCGAUCAAGGAGUAUUCCAUCAUGUCGGGUAACCAAGCGAGCGCGACGGCGGUAUCGUCAUCACGAGACAACGCCGACUGCGCGGUGUAUUAUUUGUUUGAUUUGUGCC